CCUGCCCUCCGCGGCCUCGCGUCCGCUGUCGCCGCCGCCGCCGUCGCCGGACAGCCGCUGCCGGACAGCAGCCGGAGGAUGCGUUGCAGCCUCAGGACGUGGUUUGACAUUGACGACGAAACGGUAUGAAAUCGGAUGGUCUGACGGGAAUCAUUUUCAGCUUAUACAUGCUCUGCCGUGUGUGCAUGGACUCACUCUUCCUUCAGUUACGUCUUAACUUGAGCCUCAUACGGGAAGCCUAUAUUUUGGAAGCAACCUGUUUUGGAAGGCUCUUGUAGUGUUCUAAGAACCAAAGGAUCUAGGCUGGAUGGAAUUUAGCAUCAGAAAAAGUCCUCUUUCUGUUCAGAAAGUUGUAAAGUGCAUGAAGAUGAAGCAGACACCAGAAAUCCUUGGCAGUGCAAAUGGAAAGACUCAGAACUGUGAAGUGAAUCAUGAAUGUUCUGUAUUCCUCAGCAAAGCUCAACUUUCUAACAGCCUACAGGAGGGGGUCAUGCAGAAAUUUAAUGGCCAUGAUGCGCUCCCCUUUCUUCCAGCAGAGAAGUUGAAAGAUCUUACUUCUUGUGUUUUUAAUGGAGAACCUGGUGCUCAUGAUACUAAAUUGUGUUUUGAGGCCCAGGAAGUAAAAGGAAUUGGGACACCACCCAAUACUACACCUAUCAAAAAUGGCUCUCCAGAAAUUAAACUGAAAAUCACCAAAACAUACAUGAAUGGGAAACCUCUCUUUGAAUCUUCAAUUUGUGGUGACGGUGCUGCUGAUGUGUCUCAGUCAGAAGAAAAUGAACAAAAAUCUGAUAAUAAGACUAGGAGGAACAGGAAGAGGAGCAUAAAAUAUGACUCUUUACUGGAGCAGGGCCUUGUGGAAGCAGCUUUAGUGUCCAAGAUCUCAAGUCCUGCAGAUAAGAAGAUUCCAGUUAAGAAGGAGUCCUGCCCAAAUACUGGCAGAGACAGAGACCUCUUGUUAAAAUACAACGUUGGUGAUUUGGUGUGGUCCAAAGUGUCAGGUUACCCUUGGUGGCCUUGCAUGGUUUCUGCUGACCCACUCCUUCACAAUCAUACCAAACUUAAAGGUCAGAAAAAAAGUGCACGCCAAUAUCAUGUACAAUUCUUUGGUGAUGCCCCAGAAAGAGCUUGGAUAUUUGAGAAGAGCCUUGUUGCUUUUGAAGGAGAAGAACAAUUUGAAAAAUUAUGCCAAGAAAGUGCCAAGCAGGCACCCACGAAAGCUGAGAAAAUCAAGUUGUUGAAACCUAUUUCGGGGAGAUUGAGAGCCCAGUGGGAAAUGGGCAUUGUCCAAGCUGAGGAAGCUGCCAGCAUGUCAAUAGAGGAGCGGAAAGCCAAAUUUACCUUCCUUUAUGUGGGGGACCAAUUGCACCUCAACCCUCAAGUAGCUAAGGAGGCUGGCAUUGUUACAGAACCUUUUGGAGAAAUGGUGGACUCUUCAGGGGCCAGUGAAGAGGCUGCUGUAGACCCUGGGUCUGUGAGAGAAGAGGAUAUUCCCAUGAAGAGAAGGCGAAGAACCAAAAGGUCUAGUUCUGCUGAGAACCAAGAAGGUGACCCUGGCACAGAAAAGAGUACACCUCCAAAGAUGGCAGAGGCUGAACCUAAGCGAGGAGUAGGCUCUCCUGCCGCCGGGAGGAAAAAGUCCACAGGCUCUGCUCCUCGGAGCAGGAAGGGAGACUCAGCAGCCCAGUUUUUAGUCUUUUGUCAAAAACACAGAGAUGAGGUUGUAGCUGAACACCCAGAUGCCUCAGGGGAGGAGAUUGAAGAAUUGCUUGGGUCCCAAUGGAGCAUGCUCAACGAAAAGCAGAAAGCACGAUAUAAUACAAAGUUUUCCCUGAUGAUCUCUGCGCAGUCUGAAGAAGACCCUGGAAAUAUGAAUGGGAAAAAAAGAACCCACACAAAGAGAACAGAUGACCCUCCAGAGGAUGUGGAUGUUGAAGAUGCACCCAGGAAAAGACUUAGGACAGAUAAGCACAGUCUUCGGAAGCAGAGAGAGACAAUCACCGACAAAACGGCCAGAACAAGCUCUUACAAGGCUAUAGAGGCAGCCUCCUCACUCAAGAGCCAGGCAGCAACGAAAAAUUUGUCUGAUGCUUGCAAACCACUGAAGAAGCGAAAUCGGGCUUCUGCAACAGCGUCUUCAGCACUUGGGUUUAACAAAAGUUCAUCUCCUUCUGCAUCCUUAACUGAGCAUGAGCUUUUAUGGGAGCCCACAUCAGUCAAGUUGGACUUGAACUCAGCCGCCCUGUACUGCACUUAGAAUGAUGUAAUACCCCAAGAUGUCUGCUGCAGGUGGUGCAUCAUCGUAUACACUAAGUGACAUUUCUAUCACAAUCAUUUUAUGGAAGAUGUGUGAUAAUCUGUUUUUACUGGUAUUAAUAAACACAUACAAUGAAGAAAACAGAUAACAAAUUUUAAGACCAAGGUAAGAUACUCAAUCAAGGCCAUUUAAUCAAUCACAUUCAUCUCAUAAUAGAAACACAUUCGUAUUCUAAUGAUCAAUCUAAAGUUCCCGUUGAGGAGGAGGCCCUUCAAUUGAGACUGUCCAGAGCUGUGACAAUGCACCAUAUUGAAGGGGUUAUCCUGUUAAUGCUCAUUUUUUCCUCUAAUUCAUAACUUACUGAAUUUUUAUGGAAAAUGUCAGCAUCUGUUCUAUCAGUAAGAAAGAACAGGCAGGACACAUUAAAGGUUCUGUGUCAGCUAUUUUCAUUGCCAAUGAAAUGUAUUCAGUAUUGUAGAUAAUAAACCAGUUUUCCCACAUAAAAGGCAGGAAGAGUUUUGAUUCUGUCCUUUUUUACUUGACAGUUUUACUAUGACACUAGACCCAGUAGAUUUUUAGGGAAAAAUAUGAUUAAUAGUAUCAUGGUGAACCAUUUAUUUAACUGUUGAUCUAGUCACCGAUACCCAGAAGACACCAUAAUCAGUUUAUUUACAACCACAUCAUCAGUUGCUUUUGUCGAACAUCAGCAUCAUGUUUGAAAUGUUGUGGUCCUGGAUGCCCAGCUGGGCUAUCCAGGUGCCAGCAUGUUUGCAUGGGAGGAAAGGCUCCACUUGCCCUUAACUCAAGAAGCAGAGCUUGUGCUAUGCACGGGGUGUGUGAGCGGUGCCCAGGCCGUUCCACACAGAAACCUCAGUGUUGGACCUGUGAUGAAAGUUUCUGAGAAAUACUUUUGUUCCAAACCAUUAAGUAAUGUACGCAUGUUAAACACAUAGAGUGCCUGGCACCUUGCAGGGACUCAGUGGUUCACUAUUGUGACAGUAAUGGUUAUUACAAUAAAAAUAAUAAAAUCACCAUCAUUCUAUUUUUAUCCAAAAGUAUACAUUUUACUUUGGCAUGAAAAAUGAUCCCCUUGACUGCAUCAUGCAUGUGCGGAAAAAAAUAAAUCCAGAAGUAGCAGAACCCUAGCUCUGUUUGUGUGACACAGUAGGGUAUUAGACUAUGAGGUUGUGGUCUGGUAAGUCACUCAGCUGGCUCUGUUCAAAUGCAUUGAGAGACAUGGCCUCAGAAUACCUAGUGUGAACAUUCUAAGUUGUACUGUUCUUAAUAGACAUGAAAGAUCUCAGGUAAAUAAAAAAAAUUUUAAAAUAUAGAUCACAAAAUUAAAAAGUAUGUGAAGAAAUAUGAUGGUGUAGAAAUGGCCUGGGUUUAAGAAGUGAUUUCUGAAAAGUAAAGAUACUAUCCCGGAGGGUUGUGGGCAGAAAUGAAGGGAUUUCAUUUGAACUUAGAGCAUGAUGAAUUUGAGUGGGUGCACAGGAAGCAGCUAGAAGAUAGGCAGGCGCUCUGCUCUGUGAUGACAAGUGAGGACUUGAGAACUUAGGGUGAUGCCCACCGAGCAGCACAGCUAGUGCCUACUGAGUUUAGAGAGUGCAAGGGGAUGAAGGUGGGGAUCCUGAAAUGUUCUUCAACUGGGGAAGACAGAGCUCACCUUCGGGCAGGAGCAGGGGCCUCAGCAUUCUGCAGUAAGUGUAGAGUGAAAGUCCUCCAUGUAGUAUUUUCCUGCCCCAGACCAGUUUUACAGUAAAUAAGCAGAGUUCUGUGUCAGCUCCUGGCUGAUCUCUCCUCAAAGAGGUGAGUAGAAAAGAGAUUCUUGUUUAAAAGAGUCUAGCAAGAAGCAAUAGCUUGUCUGCUAAGAGUACAAAAAUUAUAUGACAAUUUAUUAUGCUACAAAUUUAACAUGGAAUUCCUUCAUUUUCUAUAAAAAUGUCAAAUAAAGCAAUGCUACCUCCAGCCUUAGGUCUUUUGAACUGCCCACUGUUGAGAUGAGUUUUUCUUUUGCCAUAUAAACAGUUAUUACCAUAUGAUUCUAUUUGGCUUCCUUCAAACUAUUGUUUGUAUACUAUAUUUGCUUGGCAAGGGGAGGUAGCUUUCUGUAUAAGACUCUGAUUCUAAAGAGAUGAAGACUUGUGUGAAUGUACAAAGGUUUGCAUUGUAGCUGUUAGAACAUCACAGCAGGGAGUACAUGAACUGAGAGAGACCUGCGCUCAGCAGCCAGGUUCUCCAGGUGCUUCUUAAUCAGCCCCUCUGCUCCAGAUGGACCUUUCCCUCCAUGUAGCUUUUCCUCAGAGUCGAUGAGAAGUGAAUGUUGUCUUUGGUCACAAUGCCUUUAAGUGUAGUUGUAGCUCAGAACUUUUUUUUUUUUAGUAUUCAUAUCUAUUUACAUCUGUGUUUCCCAACAGAAGACAACUUCAGUAUUUUUAAGAGGAUAUCCUGAAAACCAACACGAAAGCUAAUCAUGACAAGGAAGUAAAACAUAGGAUAUGAGAGGAGAGGGUCCUUGCUCCAUGCUCGAGGACAUCCAUCCCACCCACUGCCUCUGAAGAGGUGUAGAGCAACCUGUUUUUGGCAUGGGUGGAUGGAUUUUUAAGUUGGUUUCCCAGUCAAGUUAUAUUUAAUUAAGGGAUUAGUUGAGAUAGUUCAUGCAAAAGCACCAGAAAACUUAAAACAGGGUUCUCUGGGGCUGGAAGCCAGAUUAGGGACAGGGUCUUUUCAUUAAUGAGAGAACAUGUCACAAGAAAAGCAAGAGAUAAAAACCAACAAAACCUAACCUGGUAACCAAUGUCUGUGACUCCAUGUAUUCAUCCCAUGGUUGUAUCUGGAGCCUGUGGGUUGGCUAGAUGAUAUAGGUGACUGGCACCUAUUAAGAGUAUAUAGCAUAAAUACCAUAAAAAGGAGGAGGAAAUAAAGAUCAUAAGUAAACAUCUCAUUCCUCAAAAAAAAAAAAAAUGAUGCCUGUGUUUAUGUACAAUUUAAAUGACUACAGAGUGCUCCUGCCCGAGGAUCUCAUAGCCUGGAGUGAGGGUCAGAACUGAUUUGUUCUGUCUAUGUUUCAGCACUGGUGUGUGUUCUCUAUAAGCUCCUGGCCCACUCGGCUUCACUUGAGCAGAAUGACUUGACUGAGUGGUUCUUUGUUGGCCUCAGUUGCUUUAUGUGGGCAUGAGAUGUCCCGUGAGGUCAUAGCUCCCUUCUUUAGGAACUGUCUGUCCAGUGACAGAUUAACCAUAGAGUCAUUAACACUUAGUAAGUUUGCUUUCUUUCUCUGUCAUUUGAUUCUAAGGUAACAUAUGUCUCACACGUAUUCAAACAUACAGGUUGCUAAUCCACCUUGCAUCCUGCUGUCCAGGUGGACUUCUGUUAGGGACCCAAGGGCCCUUUGGUGUGUAGUGUACAGCACCUUAUUUUAGCAUCAAUAAAUCCAUUAUCCAGUUUUUGAAAAAUAACUCCAAGGACUGGGUUUAUCUUUCAGUUGACAAAAUCCCAGUUGUCUUUUGCUAAAAUAAAGCAGAAGGGCUUUCCUAACAUGCUUUUAGAGCUUUGAUUGCUUCUUACUGAUACUGACUUAGAAGGCUUUCUGGGUUUUGUAUUUGUUUUAAGACACAUUGGUUCCUAUGUAUUUUAGCAUUUUUGGUGAUUCCAAUUGACUUUGUUUCUUUUAGGUACUGUUUUUAUUGUUUUACUUAGAAUAUUAGGAUUUUUUCACUAAUUUUUCUGCCAGUGAAGGAAAAUGGUCAUCCUUAGUACACAGAGAAGUAUGUUUUCCCUUUUCCUUGUUCGGGAAUGAUAAGGGAAAUGCUUUUUGAGGUUUAACUAACAAGGAUUUACUUCCAGUAACCUGACAUAGCUCAUCUUGUCAGAGCCCUAUGUGCUAUAUCCACAUUUAUAUAUAUUUUUUCUAGCCUAUGUAGUUGUUCAGCUUUUAACAAAUAACUCUGGCAGUAUUUUAAACAUGCUAGCAUUUUAGGGGUGUUCUACUUCAAAACAAAACAAAACUGGGAUUAGAUUGCAUCCUAGUUUUGGUACAGGGGCAUUGCCAGUCACCUGAGCUAAGGAAGCAGGCAGGCUGGUGGUUCUUCUGUUCUCAAGCCUUUCAGGUGAGGACACAUGGCCUGGUGAUGCAGCUGGCUGGACCAGGCUCCCCCACAGCCUACUCCCAAGGGCUGGCUGCUUCUGAGGACACAACUGGGACAAGGUUGAGUCAGUUAUUUAGAGACUCACGUAACUUGGGAUAUGGGCAUGCCUUUAUGGGAGCAGCCACUCAAUGACUAAGUGGCCACUGCUCUCACUUAGACUUUGCUGUCCUCUAUGCUAACUAUGUAGAAGCUGGCUUUAGAUUAAAUGACUAUGAAGCACAAUGACAUUCUGUGGACUAAAAGUUUUUUUGUAUUUUGAUUUUUCCCCCCCUCUUUCAUGUCCUCAGUAACUCAUACCUGGCUUUGAAUUAGGAGUGGCUAGGAGGGUUCUAGUCUGUGCAAACAUUAAUAAAAAUUAUUUUGAAUUCUAGGAUUUUAAAAUGGUUGAAUUAAUUUAAAAUUGUCUUAAUUCUACUCUUAAUACUUCACUGUGAUGUUAACUUGGAAGACCUGCUGAAGAUUAAUUAGUCUUUUAAUUUUAGACCAUUAUAUCUGCUGAGCACAGGAUUCUUAUCAUUUGUAAAUCUAAAACCGUCUGUGAACGCACUUCUAUGCUUCUUCCUUUAUGAAAGCAUAACUUAAAACAUGAAAAUAAUGUUGGUUAUAGAAAUAUUUACUGUUCAAGGUCUGUAAUUGUAUUUUAAAAUGAUGUAGUAUUCAACUUGUGAAGGGAUUUGUUUUGUCAAAAAAAAAAAAUUAAAACUCAAUGUGUAUCAGCCCACAGAAGGGCAGGGGUCUGCUUUGUGGCCACAGUAGGGUAAACCCCAGUUGCAUUUAUUGAGCCUUUCUGAUGGCCACAUAGCUCCUGGCAGUGGGUUGGAAGAUUUCUACUGGGUCACAUGAUGUCUGGUAAUGCCAUCUUGAACUCCCUGUAAUAGUUGGAGACUGCACUUCCUGUCCCUAAAGGAAUGUGUGUCUAUGGCAGGUAGGCAACUCGGUCCUAUCACAUACCGAGUAGUGAGUGGAGAAAGUAUUUUCAGAUUCAAGAAAACUUUGGAAAGUCAGGAACUAAGCUGCUUGGAAAUCAGUGCCACAAGCAUGACCUUGGUGGACACAGGAAGCCACAGGAAAAUUCUUGACAGUCUGUGUCCCAACAGUCACUGCAUUUUUCUUUUUCCAAAUACAUCCUGUUGGAUACUGAAUAGAUCAUAGAUAUUGUAGACUGAGAUCUGGGACUGUGUUGGGACCAUUCAGGUGAUAUGUCACUUCCACAAAUGGCAUCUCCAAGUAAGCUGUCACCUGGUACACAUGGAGGUGGAGCCUGCAGCUGGAGUGAGGCGCACACUUGACUCUACUUGCAGGUGGUUUGCUGAGCAGAGAGCUGAGGGACCCUCUUGACUGGGUAGGGGUCUUGUCCAUUUGUGGGGGAGGAUGUGGUGAAGGUGGACCUUCUACAAUCUGUCAUGAACUGUGAUAUUGUAAGGUCUAUAUUCUGUAUGUGGAUUACAGACCCAAUCAGGAAACGAGCCUUAUGUGUGUCGUUAACAUUUAUAUUUUCAUUCAAAAUAUGUAUUCAGUGUUUAUUUCCUUAAACAGACUUUGUUAAUUUAGGAAAUAUCUCCAAGUGGAAACGUGCUAACUUUCUGUAAAUCUUAAAUAAAAGGUGCUGUUCCUUCCUCUGA